UUGUUUUUCUUAUCACUUCUUAAUAUAUAUUUUAAUGUUUCAAUAAAGAUGUUCUAGUCAUUAUAAUAUAUGCAAGUAUAAAUGUGGUCUUGUGUUAUUCUGUUGUAAAAGAGAGAGACUGAUUCUGGUGCAGCCACACGCGUUAAAUAUAUAAGAUAAUAUAUACAAGGUGUCGGUCUGUCGACGCAUACACAUUGCAGCGAGUAUGGAUUCAUUUCGUAGCAGCCAGCAUAUGAACACUGCAGUGUGUUUUCUUUUCAGUUAUUUGCAUUCCUGUACACCACCUAUUGUCCAUGGCAACCUAACCUGUGAUACCAUAUUUAUACAACACAAUGGGCUCGUCAAAAUCGGAUCAGUUGCACCUGAGUCGAUACACCUUCACGUGAAGACAGCUUGUCAAGAUACGUUUAAAAACAUGCAUUUUUUUCCACCAGAUUAUCAAGGCGCAAAUAAUCCAGCUGUAGAUAUUUAUUCGUUUGGAGUUUGCGCCCUCGAAAUGGCAGCAUUGGAGAUACAGGGUAACGGUGAUUCGGGUACUACGGUCACGCAGGAAAACAUUAUGAAAACAGUCGAAUCGCUUGAAGAUCAGCAGCAAAAGGACCUGAUCAGGCGGUGUUUGUCGGAAAAAGCCGAAGACAGGCCGACGGCUCGCGAACUUCUCUUCCAUCCACUUCUCUUUGAGGUUCACAGUCUGAAACUUUUGGCGGCGCAUUCUCUCGUCAAAACCACUGCGAACAUAUCUGAAACGAUAACAGAUGAGUUGAUGCAGCGGUUAUAUGCGCCGGAUGUAGUGGUUGCGGAAAUUAAACAUUCGGAUCCCGGACGUCCUGGACUCCAGUACAAGAUGUCCGACAUCCAGACCAAUGAAAAACUCGAAAAGUUUGUCGAAGAUGUGAAAAAUGGCAUUUAUCCAUUGACUGCAUUCGGUGCAAAGCAACCGCCACCUCCCAGGUCCAGGGCUAUUUCCCCGGAAAUGGCCGAAUCCGUCAAGUCCGUCACUCCCGAACCUCUAGACGUAGAAACGCGGAAGAUCAUAAGCAUGAUGUGUGAUGUAAAAUCCGUCGAAGAUAGCUGUGAGUUGUCGAUGACCAUUGUUCUACGAAUGGACGACAAGAUGAAUCGACAAUUGACUUGUCUCAUUUCCCCGACGGAUCUGCCGAGUACUCUGGCUCACGAACUGGUGUAUUACGGUUUUAUAAAUGAGAGCGACUGCGAUAAUGUAGCCAUGAUGAUUGAGGAGGCAAAAAAGAACGUGAGUUCGGGUCAGAGCGCCAGUCCGCCCACAAUUCAUCCGUUGCCGCAACUUUUUCCCGCCAUAGCUAUCCCGGCCCAGUUUGCAAUACCGGCAACCGUUGCCACAACGACCGCGUUACCGACAACUUCGGCGCCUGCGCAACAGCAACAUCAGCAGCAGCAACCGCCACAGAUGGCAGCUGCCGCGUCGGUCGCGUCGACGCCCGCGGCGUCGCUCACGACCGGCGUCGGUAUAAGUGUAAUUUCGACGCCCACGCCGCAACCUCCCACCGCCGUAGUCACGCAAGUGCCCAUGCACUCCACUAACUUUAGGAUCGAAGACUGUAAUGCUGGACAUUGAUAGGUUAGGUGCGCUAGUCAUGUGACCAUGUGUUUAUCUGUGAUCAAGAAGUUCUGAUGACAUCUGCAGUGGACUGUCGAUCCUGCAUUCCACUUUACCGGGCUGCAAUGCAUUCCCUUUUCUAUCUUUUUCUUUUCACAUUGUAAUGUACCACCGUAUGGCUGUUAACAUCAGUAAACUAUUUACUGCGUCUGCGCUCUUACGCAUUGUUACAUCAUUACGUCAUACUAACUCCGUUUAAGUAACAGCCAAUAAGAACACGUAGACUUGGUAACGAAUCAGUAUUGGCACCAUUCAUAUAAGAACAAGAAAGUUUAGUAUCUACGUAUAUUAGUAGAACAUGCAGCGGUGGUAGAAUCAUCUUUCAAUCAUUUCUGGUGGCAUUCACCAAUAUCCGAUAUUGUAUUUGUGAUCGAUUUGAGAUUUACUGAAUCAUUAUACUUGUGAUAAAUCAUAUCGGAAUUUUUGACCCUAUGCUGUUAGUGAGGGUUUAUUGAGAUUUCAAAUGCUAUAAACGAUAUGAGUGAGUAAAGUUAAUUUGAUUUUUAUUUUUAAUCUCCCAUCACUGCAAAAUAUUUCCAUUUGCUUAAUUUAUUUUCUUAAUUUCCCGUUAUUUUUAAAGGAUAUUCUGUUUUAUUUGAAUUAUUAGAAAAGCCUCCAAGUUAAUAUUUUUCUUUUAUUUUGAAUAUUUCAUUGCAAUGCUAGUGUUUUUAAUCCAAAGUUGUGACCUGUUCUGCAGUUAUGGGAUUUAUUAGUAGGUAUUUCAGUUUAUUGAACUUUGACAAAAAAUAGUUGCAGCCUGGUGGAGGCGGUGAUUGUGGGGUAUUUGUAAUAAAUAGGUACAUAUAAA